AUAUUGAAGAAACAAAUAAAUACAUACAAAGUUAACAAAGUAGAGAAUUAAAAUUUAAAUAGAGAUGAUGAGAAGAAGUGAGAAUAAGAAGAAGCAGCUCAACUCCAAGGCAGUGGUGGUGGGAGGGAGCAUAGCUGGGCUAGCGUGUGCUCACGCGCUCUUAUCUACGGGCUGGCAAGUUGUGGUUGUGGAAAAAUCAACUGGGCCCACUACUGGAAGCCCAACUGGUGCUGGGCUGGGCCUGGAUCCUUUAUCUUGCAAUAUCAUCAAUGCAUGGCUUGCUGAUUCUGCCCCUCUUUUCAACACUACCUUGCCUCUUACCAUUGACCAGAACCAAGUAACAGAUAUAGACAAGAAAAGUAGCUGCACAUUGACAAGAGAUGAGAAAUUCAACUUCAGAGCAGCUAACUGGGCUGAUCUUCAUGGCUUAUUACUUGAAUCAUUGCCUACAGAAAUUUUCCUUUGGGGUCAUCAGUUUCUGUCAUUCUGCAUUUCUGAUGACAAGAAUACAGUCACUUUGAAAGCUAAAAUACUUCAAACUGGCCAAGUCAUAGACAUUGUUGGUGAUCUUCUUGUUGCUGCAGAUGGCUGUCUCUCUUCGAUUCGACAAACAUUUCUUCCCAACCAUAAACUAAGGUAUGCAGGAUACUGUGCAUGGAGAGGGGUGCUUGAUUUUUCAGGAAAUGGAGAUUCCGAAACCAUUAGAGGGAUUCGGAGUGUGUAUCAAGAUCUCGGAAAAUGCUUAUACUUUGAUCUUGGUCCCCAAACUCAUUGUGUCUUCUAUGAGCUUCUAAACAAAAGGAUGAAUUGGAUUUGGUAUAUCAAUCAGCCAGAACCUGAAAUCAAGGGUAAUUCAAUAACCUUGAAAGUGAGCAAAGAAACGAUUGCGCAGAUGCAAGAAGAAGCAGAGAGGAUAUGGGUUCCUGAGCUGGUAGCUCUCAUAAAAGCUACAAAGGAACCUUUUGUGAAUGUGAUUUAUGACUCUGACCCUCUAGAGCAAAUCGUCUGGAAUAAUGCCGUUCUGGUUGGAGAUGCAGCUCACCCAUCAACUCCUCAUUGCUUAAGAAGCACAAACAUGUCUAUUCUCGAUGCAGCAGUUCUAGGCAAAUGUCUCGAGAAGUGGGGCUCAGAAAAUCUACAGUCUGCUCUUGCAGAGUAUCAGUCUGCUCGAUUGCCUGUUGUUGCUAAUCAAGUACUCCAUUCUCGCCGUGUUGGUAGGAUUAAACAAGGUCUGAGUCUUUCUGAUCGCCAUCCUUUUGAUCCGAAGAGUGCUACUGCUGAGGAUUGCUUUGAGAUCCAGCAGAAGAAUGUACCUUUCUUCUCUAGCAUCCCUGAUAUACUGCUAAGUAAAUAAUAGCUAAAAGGUGGUGUGUGAUCUAUCUGCAUCACAGUUUCUGGCAGAUCAAACACACAACAUAUAGUGCAAAGACGGUUUUUUUACCUAAAUUGAUAAAGUAUAAAACUAUUUCUGGAACUCUAA